UGCAUCGCGAAGUGCGAGUUCGCGGUACCGAGGUCGUUCAAUAUCCGCUGUGUUCGUUGCGUAUUUUGGAGGUUAAGGACAUGGCCAGGUAAAUUCCCGCCUAAUUCGAAAACUUGCAAGAUACGAAAUUACCAUUGAUAAAAAGCAACAGUGCUGAAUCUGUAAGAAACCAACUGAAUAAUUAUAACACGGAACUUGAACGUGUAUUUUCUUUGACUUUUAGAACAUUUAUACUUCUCUAUGCAGCAAGUGUUUGGAAGUGUAUUCACCACUGGCCGCUUAACCUUAUCUUUAAACGCAACAGAAAAAUAUCAGUGAGAUGGGGACUGCAUACGUGUUUUGGUGUCAUGCUUUAAAAACAUUCCUCUCGGAUCGUGUUCUAGUGUAACAUUCAUAGCACGUGUCAUAUCAAGAAAUGAGUAUCAUCUGUGAGAGGAGUUACGUGUAAUAAACUGACCCAAUCUGUCUACUUCAUCUGGAUAGGAAACGCACUGAUUUGUGGAUCACAGGAAAGCAACUGGACAUUAAGAUCAUGGGACGCUGACGGGCCGAGCUGGGCCCGCGGGCCGCCGGCAUGCGCCUCUCGUGGCCCGGCCUGAUUCAGACUCCGGCAGCUGGAGCCGGGCCACGCGGCGCGGCCAUGACGACACAGCAGCCUCCGGAGCCGCCCCCGGACCCGCCUCCGGACCUGCCGGAACUCGAAUCUGAGAUGGACGAGUCUGAGAUGCGGAGGGAGCUCCUGAACGAUAAAUGGAGGCAACUCUUUGACAAGUAUGACCCGGAAGGGUUCGGCGAGAUCCCGUGGGACGACUUCCUGGAGGUCCUGAACAAUCCUGAGUUCAUUGCUGAGGUGGACGCCAACAAGCGAGACAUCUUGCUGGAACGGGCACAAGAGCGCAGCACUACCGCUAUUACCUUCCAGGAUUUCGUCAAUGUGAUGACCGGCAAACGAACCCGGAGUUUUAAAUGCGCGGUGCAUCAGAGGGACCGCGAGGUGUGCAGCGAAAACGACUUCCACAUCCUGGUGCAGGAACCGCCCGUCUUCCGCAGGAUGGUGCGCAUUAUUGCGGACGAGUUCCUGACGGAAGAGAGGGACCGGAAGUACUAUGCAGACCAUUACACCUGCUGCCCGCCGCCGCUCUUCAUCCUGCUCAUCACACUCAUAGAG